AGCUUGUCAUUCUAGUCGCUUUCGCUUCUUUGCUCUUUGAUCUUCGCUUUCUUUUCAAUCGUUAUUUCCUACUGGAAAAGAGGUUGUUGGGUUCUGUUUUGCUUCAACUAUUUUUGUUUCAUCUCCUGUCAGAAACUCUAUUCAAGAGGAUUGAUUACCUUGUGUUUUGUUUGAGUAUUUAACAAGAUCGAUGGUUUGAUGGGUACUGACUGAAUUCUUGGGAAUCUUCAUUUUUAGAGAGUAUUAGGGAGCUUGAUUGUGUUGAGUUGCUUUUACUUUAUAUUUACUUUUGUGGGUUUGGAUGCACGUACGAUUAUGGAGCUAGAGGGAGCAAUACCUUCUACAUGUUUAGUCAAAUGUUGUGAUUGUGUCUGUGACUGUUCAUUGAUGAAUAGGUCUUAUUCUAGGCCAUGGAUUCGUACAGUGAAGAGAAAGCUUAGUGAAUUUGAGGAAGAGAACAGGUUUUCCAUUCCAGAUUUCCCUUUUUCACAAAUUGCUCGAGUGGAAGUCGAGAAUGAGUGUGAAGCCUUGCGUGAUAUUAUUAGAGCACAACAAGAAACAAUACAAGAACUUUCUAUUGAAUUGGAGGAGGAGAGAAAUGCUUCAUCAUCUGCUGUGAAUGAAACAAUGUCAAUGAUUUUGAGGUUGCAGAAAGAGAAGUCUGAGAUUCAGAUGGAGGCUCGACAAUUCAAGCGGUUUGCAGAGGAAAAGAUGCAACAUGGCCAGGAUGAGCUAUCGGCAAUGGAUGAACUGUUGUACAAGAGGGAGCAAAGUAUACAAUCUCUCUACUGUGAGAUACAGGCAUAUAAACACAGAUUGAUGAGUUAUGGGCUUGCAGAGUCUGAGCCGGAUGGUGAGAGAGGGGUCAUAAUCCGCAAUGACAGCUUUAUUGAAUUUGGUUCACAAUGUGAUCUUCCCAUUCAUGAUUAUCCACCUCUAAAGUGCAGUCUGAAUGAGAACUUUGUUGGCUUAGCCGCAGACAAUGAUAUGGAUGAUGUUGAGAAAUAUGCAUUUGGUGAGUCUCAAAGUUCUUAUGAUCAUUUGAAGGAUAUAGAGUCGAGGAUCAAUCAGUUAGAAAAUAAUCCUCAAAACAAUAAUUCAGGUGGAGACUUUUCAAUUAACAACAAUGUCUCUGAUAAGGUUAUUCUUCCCCAAUCUCCUAGACUACCUGGACACUUGAGGAGAAUUUCUACAGAGAAAUCAAUUUCAAUUGAUGAAACAGUUAAAGAAAUAGGUUCGGACUAUGCCUCAGAACCUCCAAUGCAUAGUGAUAUGCAAAAGAUGGAAAAUGGAAAGGAAGAAGAGCAUAUUUUUGCAAAGGUGGAAUAUACAACAGAAUAUGUAGAUGAUAUAAAUGAUAGGGUAUACACAAAGUAUCUUGUUAAUCAAGGGAGUACCAAUGAUGGUUCUCUUAAACUUAAGCCCCCUUUAGGAGAUUACCAUGCUGAUCUGAUUACACCAAAGGACCCUUCGAAUCAAACAGAAGCUGGGGAUCCUGAGAUGAAGAAGCUUUGCUUGAGACUUCAAGCACUUGAGGCUGAUAGGGAAUCAAUGAGACAGGCAAUAGUUUCUAUGCGAACUGACAAAGCACAGUUAGUUCUGUUGAAGGAGAUUGCUCAACAUUUGUGUAAAGAUAUGUCCACAGUGAAAAGAGUUCCUGUAAAAAAGGCAUUCCUUUUCAGCACCUUUUCCAUUGUGUCUGUCCUCAAGUGGCUUGCAUCUUUCAUUUUUUGGAGGAGGAAAGCUCAGCGCAGCAAGUACACAUUUGGGUUGACUAACAAUGUUGGCCUAUUGAUGCUUUUGGACAAGGCACCCAAUUUGAGACAAUGGAAAUAUCACUCAAUCACAAGAGAGUGAUUUGUGAAGCUCUGCUAAUUGCAGGACAAUUAAGUUUGGUGAUCUUUCUCCUUGUAGAUUGUGGGUUCGUGCAGGAUUUAUUGGAGGUUUGGGGUAAUUACUGUACAGUCUUGUUUCACCUCAUUUUCUGCUGUUUGAGUACAUCUCUAGAGAAUAUAUGUAGUGUGUUCAAGAAAUGGUAUAAAGUCUAUAGACAUUGUUUUUAUUAAUAGAAUUGUGUUUGUGACAAUUCUAUUAAUACAAUUUUUAACAUUAAGAAUACGGGAUUUAUCAGUUCAUACAUUAGCAUGUUGCUUUCUAGGUUGUUGAAGGUGUCUUUCUCAAGAUUCUUCAAUCUGUAUAUCUUUUGUAUCAUUGUAUAGUAUUAUUGUUGAAGAUUGCAAAAUGUGAAGAGCGUCAUGAUAUCUAACAACUGAAUUUGCAUUUGUAAUGGAUCCGGGCUUGAUUGUAAGUAGUCUGUUUGUUUUUCUAUUAAUUGUAAAUCUCAGUUUGGUUGUUUUGUAGCUUA